AUGCCGUCGGGCUUCGGUGAAAGACUGAGCCAACGACAGAAGGCCUUCAAGAAGGGCGUGGAUGCCGACGACGCACGAAGGAAGCGAGAAGACGCGGCCGUGCAGCUAAGGAAGGCCACCAGAGAUGAGGCCCUGAUGAAGAAGCGGAUGGUCAACGACCUGCCGCCUGGUCAGGGCCAGCCGGAUGUGGGGGGCAUGGGCAUGGCCCCCUCUGGGCCCUCCAGCUGUGUGGAGCAGAUCCCAGCGCUGAGCCAGGCACUCAUGUCUGAGGAUCCCCAGGCCCAGUUCAGCGCCACACAGCAGUUCAGGAAGCUGCUAAGCAUCGAGCAGAACCCCCCCAUCUCGGAGGUGAUCAACGCCGGGGUGGUGCCCCGCUUUGUGCAGUUCCUCAAGGAGAUCAACCGCCCGGACUUGCAAUUCGAGGCGGCCUGGGUGUUAACCAACAUCGCCUCCGGCAACGCGGACCAGACCCGAGUAGUGGUGGAGCAUGGCGCGUUGCCCAUCUUCGUGCAGCUCCUGCAGUCUCCCAACGACGAUGUGCGGGAGCAGGCCGUUUGGGCGCUGGGGAACAUCGCAGGAGACUCCCCCAACUUCCGAGACCUGGUUCUGCAGAGCGGUGGCCUGCAUCCGGUGAUGACAGUCUUGCGGGAUUCCGAAAAGACCUCGAUGAUGCGGAACGCAACCUGGACCUUGUCCAAUCUUUGCCGUGGUAAGCCGCCCCCACCCUUCGAGUGGGUGUCUCCGGCCUUGGGCACGCUGUCCCAGCUCAUCUACUCCUCUGAUGUGGAAGUGCUGACAGAUGCGUGCUGGGCCUUGUCCUACUUGUCGGAUGGCCCCAAUGAGCGCAUCACCGCAGUCAUCCAGGCCGGCGUGUGCCGGCGCCUGGUGGAACUCCUUUUGCAUACCUCCCCGCUGGUGCAGACGCCCGCCUUGCGGGCGGUGGGGAACAUUGUCACUGGGGACGACAACCAGACGCAGGUGAUUUUGCACAGCGGGGCAUUGCCCAGCUUGCUGAAGUUGUUGUCCCACGCCAAGAAGGCCAUCCGUAAAGAGAGCUGCUGGACCAUCUCCAACAUCACCGCGGGGAACCGGGAGCAGAUCCAAGAGGUCAUCAACAAUGGGCUGCUGCCCCCGGUGAUCCAUCUGCUUCAGAUGGCGGACUUCGACAUCAAGAAGGAGGCGGCCUGGGCCAUCAGCAAUGCCACCUCCGGGGGCUCACCGCAGCAGGUGGACUACCUAGUGGACACGGGCUGUAUUAAGCCUCUGGUGGAUCUGCUCACGGUGUCGGACGCCAAGAUCAUCGGCGUGGCGCUCGAAGCGCUCGAGAACAUCUUGAAGGUGGGCAAGGACAAGCAGCAGGAGCUGGGCCUCCCAGAAAAUCCCUUCGCCAACAAGGUGGAAAGCGCAGAUGGGCUGCCCAAGAUCGAGAGCCUUCAGGAGGACCCCAACGAGGAGGUCUACCACAAGGCUAUGAAGAUCUUAGAGAAGUAUUUCCCGCUGGAGGACGAUGCGGACAUCGAGGUCGCCGCCCCGCAGUUUCAGUUCGGGGCCCAGGCACGGCCAUCUUAA